CCAUCAACAAGAUAGCUUGACACGAUCAGAUUUUAAUGCCCAGAGCAGGAGAAUCUUGCAAUAUGGAAAUAAUUAUAUAGGCCACAUACUCGGCGUCGGCCCCGUGUAUGACGAGGACACAAACAUGGAGUUGAAAAAUUUCCAUCAACAAGAUAGCUUGACACGAUCAGAUUUUAAUGCCCAGAGCAGGAGAAUCUUGCAAUAUGGAAAUAAUUAUAUAGGCCACAUACUCGGCGUCGGCCCCGUGUAUGACGAGGACACAAACAUGGAGUUGAAAAAUUUACUUAAAAAAAGAGGAACUACCAGACGCCCUAUCAAAACUACCCGCAAAACUACUACAACUACCACCAGCAAACGCCCCGAAUUUCGAGUUUCGGUUGAUGUUGACAUAAAUGUUUAUCCAGAGUCUACAACUACUGAAAAAAUCCAAUCCGAUUCCAAUGAAUAUGGUUCGAGUAAAUAAAUUUUGACAUAUCGGUUGGGAAGCGAAGCAGAGGGCGUUCUCUACAAAGCGCCAACUGACAUAUCUAUUAAACAUGUUUCUGAA